AUGGCAGAGACAGAGCAGCCUAAUGUUCCCUUCUUCAAGAAGAAAGCUCGUGCGCGUCCUACCACAGCUCGCCAACGCUCAGCUUCGCCUUCAAGCGAGGCAAACAAUGCCAAUGCUGGACCUUCGAAAACUCAAGUGGUUCUCCCCAAAAGCGACAAAUUGUUAAUCCACUGGUACAAGGCACCAAAACGGGCUCCUGGUGGAGGUAUUUCGCGAGAGGAAGCCGAGCUCGAGCUCGAGAUAAUGGACGGCGAGGAGGCUGCAGAGGUCCUACGAAAAGCAGCGAGAGAUGCAGGCAAAGAGGACCUGCCCGACGAUGGGAUGUAUAGGGGUCAGGCCUCGUACAAGACUCACAUCAAGAAACGAACGGAUGGUGAGCCUCCAAAGGCUAUGAGGGUCGGACCCCAACGAGGAAGCAACACUAUCAAGACUGUUACACUUGUCGACUACCAGCCAGACGUGUGUAAGGACUAUAAGGAGACUGGAUACUGCGGUUUUGGCGACACAUGUAAAUUCUUGCACGACCGAGGAACUUACAUGCAAGGCUGGCAGCUCGACAAAAUGUAUGAAAAUACUCAGAACCAGACUGGCGGUGGUGGUGACGACGACUCGGAUUCUUCAGACGAAGACAUUCCCUUUGCUUGCUAUAUUUGCAAGAAAGAAUAUACUGACCCCGUUGUGACACGCUGUGGGCACUACUUUUGCUCAGCGUGCGCCAUCAAGCGGUUUGCGAAAACACCGAAAUGCAUGGCAUGUGGAGCACCGGCGGCGGCCAAGGAGGCAGCUGGUGAUAGUGACAAAGAGGAUGGACCAAAGAUAGCUAUUGGGUCUGAUGAUGAAGCUGGGAGCGAUUAA